AUGAUGAACUACAUUCUCUACGCUUCUGCUUUCUUGGCAGCUUUUAAGGGCGUCCAAGCUGGUAUCAACUUGAACAGCGCUCAAAACAUCGCUGUGUACUGGGGCCAAAACUCCAUUAACUUGGUCGAAGCAAGUGGUGGUCAAGAAAGAUUAAGUUACUAUUGUGAGAAUGGACCUCAGGUUGAUACCUUGAUCCUUUCUUUCGUUACCAGGUUUAACGGCGAUGGUGGUUAUCCUGAGACCAACUUUGCCAAUGCUGGAGAUAACUGCACAACCUUUGCUGGAACUCAGCUACUUGACUGCCCGCAAAUUGCAAAUGAUAUUGUCACUUGCCAGGGGCUUGGAAAGACUAUCCUGCUCUCUACCGGAGGUGGCACCUACAACGAGGGCGGAUUUUCCACUGAAGCUGAAGCGAUUGCUGCAGCAAACUUGAUGUGGGAAGUUUUCGGCCCCGUAUCUUCCAACAGCUCUGUCCUUCGUCCAUUUGGCACUGCUGUUAUUGAUGGCUUCGACUUUGACUUUGAGAACCUGGGCAUGAGCAAUAUGCCCGCCUAUGCCAACCAGCUCCGCAGCCUAUAUUCGCAAGAUAAGUCAAAGACUUAUUACAUGACGGCUGCUCCUCAGUGCGUCUACCCCGACUAUGCUGAUGGCCCGAUGCUGGCUGGUACCGUUUACUUUGAUGCUAUUUUCAUUCAAUAUUACAACAAUGGCUGCGGUGUCAAUAGCUACGUUCCAGGUGCGACAACACAGUGGAACUUCAACUUUAAUGUCUGGGACAACUGGGCCAAGACCGUUUCCUUGAACCCUAACGUCCGAUGCUACAUUGGUGUCCCUGGUAACACUGGCGCUGGUAGCGGUUAUGAACCACCUGCUACUAUCGGUGAAGUCAUUGACUUUGUUGUUUCUUCUGGCUGGACCUCCUUCGGUGGUAUCAUGGUCUGGGAUGCCAGCCAGGUCUGGGCUAACUCUGGAUUCUUGUCUGGAGUCUACUCUUACCUGCCUUCUGGAACAACAACUCCCACCACGACCACUACCAGCACUACCUCCAAGGCGACCUCCACAACAAAAUCGUCCACUUCAACUACAACCACUCUCAUCACAACCACCACUUCCAAAACAUCGACCACUACGACCAAAUCUUCCACCACUACUUCAACUGCUCCAAGCACCACCUGCCCCGUCUCGGGAGGCUCUUGCUCCACCAACGGAGCGUAUGCUUGCACUGGUAGCAGCUUCGGUAUCUGCGACAACGGUGCCUGGGUUAUCGAGUCCUGUGCCUCUGGGCAAGUUUGCGUCCAGGCAGGUAGCGGAGUUUACUGCGGUGCUACUGGCUCUGCUGACCCAGUCUGCUAA